CAGGACCUCAAGCCUUGCGCGGGGGCCGUGUGGAAUACGUCUGUUUUACCCACAAAGCGGCUGGAAAGUAGGUCAAGACUCUAGCAGCUCCUUCCAGACCUGCAGCCAUGAGCAGCAAUGCAACAACCCCGGCCGUGGGUUACGUCUCAUGCUCCGUAGCGGUCCUUUUAUUCGGCUCGAACUUUGUGCCACUGAAAAAAUAUGAUACUGGUGAUGGUAUGUUCCUCCAGUGGGUUCUCUGCGCCGCCAUCUGGUUGGUUGCAGUGGUGGUCAACCUGAUAUUGCACUGCCCUAAGUUUUGGCCUUUUGCAAUGCUUGGGGGCUGCAUUUGGGCAACAGGGAACAUUGCUGUUGUCCCAAUUAUCAAAACCAUUGGUUUAGGCCUUGGAAUGUUAAUCUGGGGAUCAUUUAACGCCUUAACUGGCUGGGCAAGCUCAAGGUUUGGCUGGUUUGGAAUGGAUGCACAAGAGGUCCCAAGACCGUUGUUGAAUUACGUUGGCGCUGGGCUCUCAGUAGUAAGUGCUUUCAUAUUUUUGUUCAUCAAAAGUGAAAUACCAAAUAAUGCUUGUCCCGUGGAUGUCACACCAUUAAUGACGGAACAUGUGAUCAACUCAGCUCAAGACUCCCGUCCCAGUGACUGCAGUAACACCUGGGUGGAUAAACUGUCCACCGCUCACCAUCGCAUAGUGGGUUGCAGUCUGGCAGUGACAUCUGGAAUACUGUAUGGAUCAACAUUUGUGCCAAUCCUUUAUAUCAAGGACCACAGCAAAAGAAAUGACAGUACAUACGCAGGGGCGAGCCAGUAUGAUUUGGACUACGUGUUUGCACACUUCAGUGGCAUCUUCCUUACAAGCACGGUCUAUUUCCUGGCCUACUGUCUCAUCAUGAAAAAUAGUCCUAAACUAUAUCCCGCAGCAGUCUUACCGGGCUUCCUGUCGGGGGUCCUCUGGGCAGUAGCCACCUGCUGCUGGCUCGUGGCUAAUCAUUCUCUAAGUGCUGUGGUCAGCUUCCCAAUCAUCACUGCUGGUCCAGGAUUAAUAGCUGCCAUGUGGGGUGUCUUCAUGUUUAAAGAAAUACAGGGUCUGAAAAACUACCUCUUACUGGUGCUGGCUUUUUGCAUCAUCCUGACUGGAGCGUUGUGCACUGCGCUUUCUAAAGUCUAACGCCGCACGGCCAGCAGAGGGCAGCAGCGGCUCGAAGCGCGCAGCCCCUGCCAGCAGCCGCGUCUACACCGCGGUGUCUACCAGCCGGUGUCUACACCACUCCUACUGAGCGAGGGAGAGGGAUUUUUUCUUUUUUUUCUUUUGUCCUCCAGAGGUGUGAGCAUGAAGGAAAUCGGAAUGUCCAUCAAAGAAAAAAAAAAAAUCAAAGAUUCUUUCGAGCCGUUUCUGAAGGAAGAAUUGACAAGGCUGAUGAAGUGGCUUUUACUGACUCAAGGUCACAGCUGAGGGCGCUCCUCUGAGCCAGCAGGUGCGCGCCCAGUGAGACGUGUUCCGGAUGCGAGGCGCUCUGAGGGUGCUAGAAUGAGAUUCCAGUUUGUCAGUAAUAAACAGACCAAAACAGCUUUCCUCA